GUCUUUGAGGAGAAAAAAAAAGCCUUUCAGAGCACUUUCCCUCUAGAUAAGCUGAAUUAUUUUGUUCACAGGCAGUGCCGGGCGAAAGCAGUUCAACAGCUGCGACAGAAAGCUUACAUCGUCUGUUGAACGAGUUGAAACUUUUAGAAAAGGAUCGGCAGAAAGAACUAAAUAAGGCCCUCGGAAACCAAGAAUUCAUGAGACACAAACCUAUAUGACCGAAUUUUUAUCCAUUCUAUCGUUUGUGGACUGUCUUUUCAUGGAAUAUCUCUGUUACUAUGAUGCAGUGAAUACAUUGAUCCACUCCGAUGAGGGAUCGGAGGCUUCAAGGAAGGCCAUUAAGACCAUUGAAGCAUCUACUGAGCAGGUAGUCCAAUUCAAUAAUAUAGUAAAAUCGCAGGGUGAAAAGCUCUCUCCACCCAAUUUGAGGAUGACCGAUCAAACGGACCACUUACAAGCUUUAUUCAAAAGCACCAUUGAGAAAAAUGAAGAAAUUGAGGCCCACCUUCGCCCUAAAUUAUCCGAUCCUUCGUUCAAAAAACAUAUGAAGGAAGUGCCGCAUCUACCCGAAGGAGGAGGUGGAAACAAUAGUGAUGUAGGAAAGAUUAUAAGUGCACAUUUUUGCGCAAAAAAAUAAAAAAUUAUAAAAGAUUA